AUGAUCAUAUUUUUAAUCGUCGAACUUUGGGGAUUCGUCUUUUCAUUCACCAUUGAAUUGUUAGCCAUCUACGUCGUUGUCACCUCGUCAGCGUAUCACGAGAAUUUCCGAUACAUCUUAGGCACAUAUCUAUUUGAGCACGUUUUCUCUCAACUCUGUCGAAUGAUUCUCAUCCUUUUCCAAUUCGACACCUUCACAAUAUCAGGCAAUGUAUUUACUGAUUUGCCGAUUUUCAUCUGCUCCCAAGCUCGGAUUCAGCUCUACGUCGCUUCCAUCUGUGCCUUGUACAGUAUUGUGAUGGAGCGAUCGUUUGCCACUUAUUAUCUACGCGAUUAUGAGCAUUUUCGACGUGCCUGGGUGCAAGUGUUUUGUUUCGGCUAUUCGGUUCCAGUGCAAGUGAUUGCCGGAUUGAUUUACGCUUUCUUUGGUGUCAAUUUCACACGUAUCCUCUUCAUCAUGAUGUUUAUCAUUGUCAAUUCCCAAUUGGUGUUGAUAAUUGGAACUUUUUUGGCCCUUUAUUGGUAUAAUCAUAAAAAGUUCAACUCUUUAACGAAAGACUACGAGAUUCGCAAGUACAGUUUGAGUAUUCGCUUUCAAUUGGAGGAGAAUUUGCGGGCAUUGCAUAUGGUUGGUCGAGGUGUUCUCGGACAUGCGCUUUUCUGUAUUUUUGGUAUGGUGAUCUUUGCGGGCCCAUUCAUUUGUUUCCCAAUCGGAUCACCAGAGUUGGAGCUCGGCGUGGCCGCACUAGAAGCAAUUGUAAGCAUUUACGGCAUUAUUUUAAUCUCUGGAAUUCUGAUCAUCGAGCCAAGUUUCCGGCGGAAAACACGCAAAAUUUUGUUGUCAUUUUUACGUCGAAAUCGUCUCCAUCCCGAUGUACCGAUUGUGAAAAUGAAGAAACGAAAAUCGGAUGAAGAAGCGAAUAUUUACUUUGGAACAAUUGCAAACACAAUGGAAAUUACCGGAUUUACGUUAGAUUUUAAA